GCUGGUGGAGAGUGAGGCGAAUGUGCGGUUUUGAAACCAAAGGCCCGUAAGCCCCUCUCCCUCCAAACGAGACCGUCCCGUUGGCUCUGCGGCCGCCUCUGGACCGUCCGGAGAGAACAUGGCGGCGUCCGGAGCCCGGAGCUGCAGCCUCUCGGGCCUGCUCCCGGCUCAGACCUCGCUGGAGUACGCUCUGCUCGACGCCGUCACCCAGGAGGAGAAGGACAGCCUAGUCUACCAGUAUCUGCAGAAGGUGGACGGCUGGGAACAGGACUUGUCAGUGCCUGAGUUUCCGGAAGGAUUAGAGUGGCUGAACACAGAAGAAUCUAUUUCUGUCUACAAGGAUCUAUGUGGAAAAGUGGUCGUCCUUGAUUUCUUCACCUACUGCUGCAUAAACUGUAUUCACCUAUUGCCUGAUCUUCAUGCAUUAGAACACUCAUACUCUGAUACAGAUGGUCUUCUGAUUGUUGGUGUUCACUCGGCUAAGUUUCCAAAUGAAAAAGUCCUGGAUAACAUUAAGAGUGCUAUUCUUCGAUACAACAUCACCCACCCUGUGGUUAACGAUGCAGAUGCCAGCCUUUGGCAAGAACUAGAAGUUUCCUGCUGGCCAACUCUGAUCAUACUUGGACCCCGUGGAAACAUGUUGUUUUCUUUGAUUGGAGAAGGACAUAGAGAGAAAUUAUUUUUAUAUACUUCAAUAGCUUUAAAAUAUUACAAAGACAGGGGACAGAUCAGAGAUAAUAAAAUUGGAAUAAAACUCUAUAAAGAUUCUUUGCCAUCUUCACCAUUGCUGUUUCCUGGCAAAGUAACGGUAGACCACGUUUCUAAUAGAUUGGUAAUAGCAGACACUGGACAUCAUAGAAUUUUGGUCGUCUGGAGGAAUGGACAAAUUCAGUACAGCAUUGGAGGACCCAACCCUGGAAGAAAAGAUGGAAUGUUUUCAGAGUCAACUUUUAACUCACCACAAGGUGUAGCCAUAAUGGAUAAUAUCAUAUAUGUGGCAGAUACAGAAAACCACCUUAUAAGAAAGAUUGACCUAGAAGCUGAGAUGGUGAGCACUGUAGCUGGCAUUGGAAUUCAAGGUACAGAUAAAGAAGGUGGAGCUAAAGGAGAAGAACAGCCCAUCAGUUCUCCCUGGGAUGUAGUGUUUGGAAGGUCCGGUUCAGAGGUCCAAAAAGACGACAUUCUGUGGAUAGCCAUGGCAGGGACUCAUCAGAUAUGGGCAUUCCUGUUGGACUGUGGCAGAUUACCAAAGAAAAAUGAGUUAAAAAAAGGAACCUGCCUUCGGUUUGCUGGAAGUGGAAAUGAAGAGAAUCGAAAUAACUCAUAUCCUCACAAAGCAGGUUUUGCCCAACCUUCAGGUCUUUCUCUGGCCUCAGAGGAUCCCUGGAGCUGCCUGUUCGUAGCGGAUAGUGAGAGCAGUGCAGUGAGAACCGUCUCGCUGAAAGAUGGAGCAGUGAAGCACCUUGUGGGAGGAGAGAGAGACCCCAUGAAUUUAUUUGCUUUUGGUGAUGUUGAUGGAGUAGGAAUCAAUGCAAAGCUUCAACACCCACUUGGAGUAACUUGGGACAAGAAAAGGAAUUUACUUUACGUGGCAGACUCUUAUAAUCACAAGAUUAAAGUUGUGGAUCCAAAAACAAAAAACUGUACAACAUUAGCGGGAACUGGAGAUGCAAGUAAUGUUAUCGGUUCCAAUUUCACCAACUCAACUUUUAAUGAACCAGGAGGCUUGUGUAUCGGAGAGAAUGGUCAGUUAUUAUAUGUGGCAGACACCAAUAACCAUCAAAUUAAAGUGAUGGAUUUAGAAACAAAAACAGUUUCUGUGCUCCCAGUCCUCAGAUCUGAAAGUGCUAUGGUGGAUGGCCCAUUCCUAGCAGAAAAACAGAAGACCUUACCCAGACUACCUAAAUCUGCUCCAGGCAUUAGACUUUCCCCAGUGGCUGCAUCUCCAGGGCAAACUCUUCAGUUCAAGCUAAGAUUAGACCUCCCAUCAGGAACAAAGCUAACUGAAGGAGCACCGAGUUGCUGGUUUUUAUCAGCUGAAGGCAAUGAAUGGCUUCUUCAAGGACAGAUACCAUCUGGAGAGAUAGACAGCAUUUCCAGUCAGCCAACAAUCUCACUGCAGAUUCCUGGGGACUGUUUAUCACUUGAAGCCGUUCUGUCUAUCAGCGUAUUUCUUUAUUACUGUAGUGCGGACAGCAGUGCCUGUAUGAUGAAGGGAAUUUUGUUCCGUCAGCCGUUACAAAUAACUGAUACACAACAAGACUCCAUACCUCCAGUAGAGCUCCAGUGUAUAUUUUAGCAAAGCUGGCCAGCAUUCCAGUGCCUCCUGGUCUCCUUCCCCACCAUCACUGUGUGAUUUAUGAAGAGAAACUUUAUUUCUGCCUCUGGCUACCCAGAAACCCAUUGUUGAGUUCUAGCAACCGAUACUAAAAUAAAGCUGUGCUCCUUAUUUAUUUAUUUUAGACAAAUUCCUUCAUUCUCACGGUGUACCAGCUAAGUCAUUGACCGUGAUUUGAACCAUGAUCCUGUAAUCUGUGCUGCUAUUUGGCCCAAGACUUAAGUCCACAUUAUAGGACAGAAUAUUAUCAUGAGAUAAUUUGCAGUGAAUACUGAUGAGAAUCAUGAUACCAAAUAUUUCAACUUUUUUACAUUUAUCAAGCAGCACAUCUGAAUGUGUAAAUUUCACAUAAACUUUAAACAGAAGUUAAGAUCCAGUCCACAUAUUAUAAGGACACCUGCCAUUCAAGGUGUGAGGUCUGUUUUAGGCCCCCAAAAACGUCUUUUCAUCACAGUAGCAGCUUCAAGAGACCUAGGUGGUAAAAAUGUUCUUUGUUCUCUUCUGUGAUUUUCUCAUUUGAGGUGUAUUUAUUCAGUCUAUUUUAAAUUAUUUGCUAUUUUAGCAUACCAUUAUUAAUGGUAUGUUAAAUAUUCUGUAUGUUUCUACGUACAGAAAAUAUAUUUCUAUAUUUCUAAAAGUUAGAGUCUCUAAGGACAUACAGGCCCACGCCUUUAACUUUUUUCUGAAUGAACAAUCUUACCAAAUAACGGAUGAAUCCACAGAAAUGUUAUGACUUUCAAGGAGAAAAGGACUUUGGGACACAUUACUGUCUGUGAUACCACUUAAAGAACUGUGACACUGAAUCUGAUGCAAAUGGGUAUGUAUGUUGUCUUAGAAGUUUACAUUUCAGUUGAAGCGUUAAAUGCAGAUUUGUUGGGUUUGGGGGUUUUUUUGGUUCCCGUAUUCAGAAUUUAAAUUAUGAUCAUUUAUUGUGAUGUUUAAAAAAAUUACUGUCAGGCCUUCAAAGUGAAAAUUUCAAUGUGAAGCACUUUCAUGCUAUUAAUAUGUAUAGUAUAUCUUAAUAUAUUACUUUAAAAUAUUAAGGCUGAAACGUACAGUGAUUUGAUGAUGCUGUUUUUGAUGGGUUUUUUUUUAACCUUAAAAGAAAUAGUCACCAGAAGAUAUUGAAAGGCUUUUUAAAUCAUAAUUUCUCUUUAUAACUAUUUUUAAAGCCUCUGUUUGUUUUUACUAAAACUGAUUCAACAUGUUUGUAGUUUAAUCGGUUUACAAGAUUUUUAAAAACAGGUGAAUCAUAUUUAUUCAGUAAAUAUUUGUAGACAAUAUAGCAUAAUAUGCCUUCUCCCUUCAAAACCAGUGCUCAAUUUGAAGUGUAAUUUUUUAAGCAUGAUCAUCUGCCCAUAUCUUUAUAUUUUUUCGAACUAUAGUUUUGAACAUACUAUUUACUUCUUUUAUUCAGGUUACCUAAAUCUGAAGUAAGGAAAUGCAUAGAUCAUGACUUUCAUUUAAUUUGUAGCCUGCUAAAGACAUUUUUAAAGAGAAGUAUUAUAAAUGUAAAGUUAAAAG